GGUCAAUGUGGCCAACGCCGGGGUCAACGUGGCCAACACUGCGGUCAACGCGGCCAAAAUUGGCGCCAACGCCAACGUGGUCAAGGCCGGCCUCGCUGUGGCCAACGCCGCCAUCAAGGCGGCCAACCUCAACGCCGGCAUCGCCGUGGCCAACGCCGGCAUCCGGAUGAUCAACGUGGCCAACAGCAGCAUCAACGUGGCCAACGUGGCCGCCAUGACCAAUAUGGCCAACGCCGCGGUCAACGUGGCCGCCAUGGCCAACGUCAACGUCCCAAUGGCCAACCUGAGCACAGUCGCCGGGACGGAGGCACCGGGUGUCCCCAUGGCGUGGCCUUGCAGCGACGUGGACAUGGCGAGUCCCGGCCCCACAAGUGGCCCCGAUUGCCCCAUGGAGUCGCCCAAGGUGAAAGAAGAAGAGGAGGCGGAGAUGCCGGCGGCGCCGAAAAGGGACGGCGCCAUUUCUGAUGACACCAAAGCGGCCCUCAAAGCCGCCCUGCUGAAAUCCGCCAUGAGGAACAAGAGCAGAGACGCCCCCUGCCCCUCCAUCCCGGAAGUUCCGGAUCACCGGAAGUCGGUGACGGCGGCCGAGAGGCAACGGGAGAGGGAAGAGAAACGGCGGCGGCGCCACGAAAGGGCGAAGGAACGGGAGAGGAAACAGCGCGAGAAGGAGCAGCGCGAGCGGCUGAGCCGCGACCCCCAGCAGCGCCUCCGCGGCCUCGUCCUCAGCGACGACGACCGGCACCUUUUGGAGCGCUGGACCAAAAUGAGGGACGGCGCGCCGCCCAGGGCCCCCCUGCAGCCCCCCAGUAACCUGCAGCCCCCCAAUAUCAACCCCCUGCAGCCCCCCAUCAACAGCCAGCAGCCCCCCAAUAUCAACCCCCUGCAGCCCCCCAAUAGCAGCACGCAGCCCCCCAUUAACCUGCAGCCCCCCAUUAACCUGCAGCCCCCCAUCAACAGCCAGCAGCCCCCCAAUAACCUGCAGCCCCCCAAUAGCAACACACAGCCCCUCAUCAACCCCCUGCAGCCCCCCA